GGUAGCCUCAGGGUGGUUUGGAGGUUAUAGUGAGUGUCCGGCGAGAAUCGGGUUUUGUUUGUGGGUAGCGCGCGAGUUGUUCAGAUCGGUGGUGGCAGACAGUGGCAGACGCAUUUCGUCGUUGCAAACAGAAGGACGCAUAUCAAGCUUGAUACGGGUGGCGGCGCAUCUACCGCAGCUACCGUGUAACACGUGAAUUCGGGCUGCUUACACAUUUUACGUACGGUAAAGUGGACUCGAUGUCGAUAAUAUGUCGGCUACGAGCAACGUUAGGACGACGCGGAUGCACAGGAUGGCCUGUCGGGCCGUUUGACGAUUAUUUAUGAAUUCACGGAAAGAUCUGAGGAAAGGAUACUCACGGUACAACAACAAUAAUAUCAACAACAACAACAUGGUGAAGGAGAAGGCAAAUUCGAUCCGCAUGUAUGACUCGGAGGGCUACAGACGUAGGGCCGCCUGUAUCUGCGUCAAGAGCGAUCUCGAAGACGAGGUAUUACUAGUUACGUCCAGUCGAAGACCUGAUAGUUGGAUAGUACCAGGCGGCGGGGUUGAACCUGAGGAGGAACCAGCAGUCACCGCUCUUCGCGAGGUCCGGGAGGAAGCUGGUGUUUUAGGACAAUUAGGCCGUUGCCUUGGCACAUUUGAGGUUAUAACUCGUGAUAACACAGAGCACAAACACCGAACGGAAGUAUGGGUUAUGCGGGUGACCGAGGAGCUGCCGGAGUGGGAAGAUUCGCGCGCUAUCGGCCGGAAGCGAAAGUGGUUCACCAUACCAGAGGCCCUGCUGCAGCUUGGUCAACACAAGCCCGUCCAGCGCUCUUAUCUACACAGCCUCCAUAAUACCAAUCCACGACAUAAUCCCACCUCUCAGCUGUCCAAUCAUUCGCACUCCACAAUGGCGUCUAUUGAACUAAUGAAUAACUCUAGCAACAAUACCCAUUUGAGUGAACAUAGCUAAUACCGUCGCGGAUUAAACCUGUUUUUUAAUCCAAAAUUCGACCGCCAUGGAUUCUCUCUGAGCAAAAAUUUGCUGUUCUCCUUUCUUCCCUAAAGGGAAUUCAUUAUGCAACUCUACUGUUGUGUUUUAUAUAUAUAAAUUGAUAUUAUA